GAUGAGAAUAUUAUUUCCAUUCUACUAGGUUGGAGGUGGAGCACUCGGACAAAGAAUUUGAUUUGUCUACUCCAACCCGGUUACUAACUUCUGUUUGUAUUAAACGGCUCAAACCCAAUUCAACAAACUAUUUAGGGGAAUUGUAUGGACGAAAUGACACUUUUGAAAUGCUUGGAAGAUUUUUCAUCAAGAAUAAAGGACAUUUGGAUUGAAAUCUUCAUGAUUUGAGGUGCAUUGAAGGUAUCGAGGAAUACCUAUAAUUCGUACGACUGCUUAUUUAUCUGUCUGUAAGGAUAUCAAAGAACAUCAAAGUAACCACUGGACGAUGUGAUCGUCUGGGGCUACUCUUCUUCACCGAGAUUUAACUCUUGACAAAGAGUUUGAAGUUUUGCCACUUCAAAUUUGCGAUAUCUGGUUGAUGUUUGUACCUAAAAGGAAUCUUAACUUGGAAUGUCGACUAUUUGAUACCUAUCAACAAGCCCUUUGCCUAAUUUCUUGCCAUUUCUCCACCCUGUAGUUCUGUUCCAGAAAUAUGAGAGGUUUACUUUUUGAUAGUGAAUUGAUAUAGUGUAUACAUUUGAAAUUACGUACGAUUUUUGCCGGUUCGCUUUCUGGAACAUAACUAUAAAUGAUUUGAGGUCUGCAACUCGGAACUCUAUUGCACUGUGCUAACUAGUGCAUUUUCAAGGAUAGUAUCCUCAAGAGCUGUUGAACACAAUGAUUAAUUCCAGCAUGGAGGUAGUCGUAUCAACCGAUACGGAUGAUGUUGAUCUUUCUGAAGAUGCUAUGGGAGAGGUCAACCCAAUCCCUAUUGACAUCGAAGACGAGGAGAGGCUAAGGGUGUCGCCGUCGAGGAAGUCCCGACUCUCUGCAUCUGACCUCAUCAGCGUGUCAUCCUUACCAGACUCUGUCUUACCCCAGGAUCCCGACGUCUCGAUCGCACCGUCGAUCACCAGCUCAAUGAAACCACAUAUCUCUAAGUCGGUCGAAGAUCUCCUGAUCAGUGCCGACCUAGAGAAUUGUCGUAAUCGGUUGUCGAGACAUGGGUACGAUUCGAUGAGGAGUUUGAGAUUGGCAUCUAAGGAAGAUUUAGUGGAGAUAGGCCUACCCAGGGGCCAUGCUGGACUUCUUGUAUAUGCUAUUGCUCAGGAAGAUAAAGGACACGGUCCCGGCAAGGGUCUGACUCAGAUAGAAACGAGGAAGCUUGAAGAUCAAGUCUUAACACCCAAAGUUUUAACUUCUAGCGAAGCGAUCUCCGCCAUGAGUGAAAAGGGCGACUACAAAGUAGUGCCAGGAGGCGGAGCAAACGAUGUCGGGAAAGACCUCGGAGUUAAAGACCCGAAGGCGGCCGCUCCCGACCGAGAAGGAUGGGGAAAGAAGCUGGAUUUCCUCCUGGUCUGUAUCGGCUAUGCCGUUGGGUUGGGAAAUAUCUGGCGAUUUCCUUACCUCUGCUAUACCCAUGGGGGAGGUGUAUUCCUGAUCCCCUAUUUUUUAAUGCUGUUUCUGGCUGGUAUGCCUCUUAUGUUCCUGGAGCUAGCCUUCGGUCAAUAUGGAGGCGAAGGACCAAUCACCAUCUGGAAAGCAUGUCCCCUUUUCGCAGGUAUCGGAUGGGCUAUGGUGAUGAUCUCAGGCAUGGUGGCCAUCUACUACAACAUCAUCAUGGCGUGGACUGCACUAUUCUUCGUGCGUUCGUUCACAUCUGAGGUGCCAUGGAAAUCAUGCAACAACACGUGGAACACGGACGCAUGUCAGGAAAACUCAUCCGUUGCCAUGGAUAUGGGUUUGAAUGAUACCAAGCGCCCGUCCCAGGAGUUUUACUACAACUAUGUAUUAGGUGUUGACGGUCACAAUCUAGAUGACAUGGGUGCUAUGAAAUGGGAGCUUGUUGUAUGCCUUCUCUUCUCCUGGAUCGUCAUCUUCUGCUGCAUCUGCAAAAGUGUGAAGAGCUCUGGCAAGGUGGUAUACUUUACUGCAACCUUUCCCUAUGUGAUUCUUACGAUCCUUCUCAUCCGAGGCGUGACUCUACCAGGAGCAGAAAUUGGUAUCAACUACUACCUAUCACCUCGCUGGGAGAAACUCAAGGAAACUCAAGUGUGGGGUGCAGCAGCAACACAGAUCUUCUACUCUCUUGGACCUGCUUGGGGUGGAGUUCUUACUUUCUCCAGCUACAACAAGUUCAACAACAAUUGUCUUGUUGACGCGAUAUGUAUCCCCUUAAUCAACUGUUUGAGUAGUUUCUACGCGGGAUUCGUAGUCUUCUCAACGCUAGGAUUCAUGUCCUAUAAGACUGGCAUCUCAAUUGAUAACGUCGCAGUCAGAGGUCCAGGUCUUGUUUUUGAGACUUAUCCGGAAGCAAUUUCCCAGAUGCCCGUUGCCCCUCUCUGGGCUAUUCUCUUCUUCUUCAUGUUCUUCCUUGUCGGACUUGAUACACAGUUCGGGAUGGUGGAGACUGUUGUGAGUGGACUGGUUGAUUACUUCCCGAAUCAUUUGAGAAAACAUGGCACCUUAGUUGCCCUUGCAGUCUGUGUGUUCUUCUUUCUCCUUGGACUUCCCAUGGCUUCUCAGGGUGGAAUUUAUAUGUUUGAGUUGAUAAACUGGUACAGCUGUUGGAUAUCCCUCAUGUUGGUGGGCUGCUUUGAGUGUUUGGCUGUUGUUUAUUUCUAUGGUGUACGUCGUUUCAUGGGUGAUAUCAGACGUAUGGUUGCCGAGUACACGUGGAUGCAACCUGUUCUGACACCACUCCUUUACUGGUAUUCAAGUUGUUGGCUCGUCAUUACUCCUGCCAUUAUACUGUUCAUAACAGUGUUUGGAAUGAUCAACUACGUUCCUGUUUACUUUGGGGACUAUGUCUACCCUAAGUGGAGUGAGGUGCUUGGCUGGCUAAUGGCCGUAGUACCUCUACUGACCAUCCCGCUUGUGAUGGUCAUCAAGCUAUGCUUUGCUUCAGAAGGAGAUAAUUAUGCUCAGCGUUUCCUGUUUCUUCUCAAGCCAACACGUGAUUGGGAAAACAAAGAGAAACGGUUUCAAGCCAAGACCCAUCUACCACUGGCAUAUGAGAAAGAUGUUGAGCUAGACUCCCUCAAAACCAACGGGAUGUAUGCGUAAGAAGACAAUGGAAGGAGUAGUAUCUUUCUCCUUGCCGAUACCUAGAAGAAGAUUAAAAGACAGGAAUGUUGUUUGUGUGUUAGAAUUUAGAAGCUGAAGUUAUGCUCUUUGGAUUUUUUCUUUUUUUGUCUUUUGUGGCAGUGAUUUUAAGAGGGAAUAUGACUUGUCCCGAUUUAAAUCAUGAUAUAUCAAGAUGGGAAUAAUUCUUCUUGCCUGUUUGUACAUGAAAGAGAAUGUUAAUAUCUUGAUUUGUAACUAUAUCAGAUUUUAAUCUCGCCAUAUGUAAUUAUACAAAAGAGUAUUUAAUCUCUUUGAUUGGUAAUUAUACAAGGGAGGCUAUUAUCUCUCGAUUUGUAAAUAAUCAACUGGGAAUGCUAAUCUCUCGGUUAGUAGAAUAGAAAGGGACCAUACUGAUCUCUCAUUUUUAAGAUAUAGAUGCGGAGUAUGAAUCUGCUUUUUGAGGAAUUUUGAAGGAUAGAAUGGGAGCUUUGCAUUCCUGAUUUGCAAAAUAUCACGGAAUGAUUUACUCCAUAUUGCAUGCCAAAGAAUAGUUUCUUAUUAGUAGAAGAUGGAGUUAGCUUUGCAGCAGAUCAGCUCAAAGGCUAUGUGAUAAAAAGGUGAAAUUAAUGUUAUUGUGUUGCGUUUGGGAAAAGACUUCUAACUGGGAAUAAUUGAAGUACUCUUGGAGAAGUGGUAAGGAAUCAACGUUCUCAGGUACAAUGAUACGAUGAUUUAUACUCUUGAUGACAAGGAUGUUUGGGGAGGGUACAAAUAAUAAACGAUGUAACAAUCAUGGGUUCAAAGGUUUUAACUUUUAAUAAGAGAUGAAUGAAAAAAAAAUGAGAAGGGGAAAUACAUGCUUUUGAGUUCUUUCAACAUUGAAGAUAUCUGACUUGUGUCAAACAAGCUCUUUAGUCUUUACUCACUCCACUUUACUGUAACAUUCUCACGAAGGAGUUGAAAUGCAAUGAACGAUUCCUAUAAUUGAAUAGAGAGAGAGCUCUCAACAUUUAUUUCGACCUUUACAUGGCAAUUUGUGACAGUUUUAAUAGACAUCUUCCGUUUGAAAUAGUAUAGAAUUUUAUGGUGUUAUACAUGUAUUCUAUAUUACCACACUUGAGUUCAGGCUAUUUUUUGGAUAGUGUUUUGAUUUGUUUUUCAUUUGAAUUAUUCAUGUUUGGAUAUGACAGUUAUACAGUAUAAUCAUAGAGCCAUGAUACAAAAAUAUUUUAUUUUAUUCUUCCCUUCUUCCAUUACAAAGAGUAAUUCUUCCAGGGAUUUUAAACUGAUUCUACACAUGUUUAUUAAUGGAUUAAUCAUGAUUGAGAUCUUCUAUGGAGAAUGGAGGUAGAAGGAGAGAGAUAAAGUGCUAAACUCUGACCAAAGGCUCAUUAAAGUUUGAUUUGAGUCCACUCAUGUCUUAUCAUACUACUUAUACAUUCAGAGACUAGUUCAACCAUGGUUUGAAUCCUUGGUUCAACUAUAUAUAUAAGUCAUUGAAGCAGGAGACUAAAAUUCUAGUAAAUAACAACCAAUAUAACAGCAAGACAGGUUUUCACAUAUGGCUUUCCAUACUUUAUACCACUUAUGUAAAACCAUGGUUUAAAUUUAGUACCCUAUUGUAAACAAGAAGUUAUUAUUGCUUUAUAUUUAUUGUCCAUAUGUAUAUUUUAUCAGGUUAUGUACAAACUUAUUAGUUUACUAUGUUGUUAUUUUGAUUUUGUCUGGCUUCCUCAUUUUGUAAUCAAUGUAGGCCUACCGUAUUUACAACUCGGUUAUCUUUAAAAAAUAUAUUAGGUGGAAACAUCGGUUUCUAUGCAAACUUUUUUUUACUGUUAUUAAUUUUACUAAAGCAGUAGUAAUUUUAGUAGUAAUGAGUGGGGGAACUUUUUGCCAACAAAUAUCCACCAUAUGUAUGGGUGGCAUUACUCUACAAUGAGCAAAGGAGAUUUUGAACCUUAAUGUCCUAAGAAAUGCAUUUUAAAAUGUGUGUAAUGAUGAGGUAAAUAGUUGUUUUGGUAGGUGCCUUUUGUGAUACCUAAUAACUUGUGCAAUCAGAAACUUCUAUUUUAGAAAUCCGAUUUUGCUGAACUUAUUGUUAUAUAUUGAUAAGUGCCACAGUAAUGAUACAUAAGUUAAAAAAUGACAUUACUUGUUUUCUUUAAAAUUGGAGAUUGAUACACCAAAGAAGAGUAAUCAUGAAAACAUUUUAUAAAUAUGAACUUCCAGUAAUUGUUCAUAAUUAUGAAAUUAUACAUGGCUUACUAAAGUAAUAGAGCUUUCGCUUCUACCUCGAGAUGAUUUAUUACAAUAUCACAUUCUUAUAUCACUUCUAGUUUAUAGUGAAAAAUAUUGCUCAAUUAAUAUCUCUCACUCCCGGAUCUCAAGAUUAUGGUCUUGUAUUCAUUCACAGGAAGAACAAAGGGAAGAAAACCAAGAGGAGAUUUCACGGGAAAAGAUUACUCUUAAAUUAUGAUCACUAUGUGAUUUUGAAGAAAUCUUUUUGCGUACACAGUCGCAAAUCUCUGAAGCAAUUUCUUUUUUAAAUGAGAUCUUUUAUUUUUGGGCAACUGAUAUUUCUAUCACUUCUAUUGAUGAUAUGACUAGUGAUCAUGUUAUUAUACUUCUCAUGUCAUGAUAUAUUGUCAUUCAGUAAGCCCUAUCGUAUACAGAUUAUAUACUAUGAUUUAUUAUCACAAGGUUAUUAUUAUAUAAAAUGGAAUAUUAAUGAUAAACAGGGUGAUUUAGGCUGCUAAAUAUGAAUUCAAUUUUUAUUCAGGGUAGUACUAUCAAUUUUUAAGUCAAAUUUUCAUUUAUGUCAUAUUUUCAAGAAUAAAAAAGGGAAUUAAGGAGGAUGAUUUUAAACAAGUUUUAUUCAAAGUAUGUAAUGGGUGAAUGUAGACUGCUUCCUGUCUCAAACAUACACCCCACACAUAUUCUUAUCUGAGUUUUCAAAUCAGUACUUUGCUAUUUAUGGCAGAAGCAAAAUGCAUCAUAAAAAGCAUAUUCACAGUCGACAUGUCACUUUGUUAAUCCAUGACAUACAUGAAAAUUCGUGGAGAGGUUCUGAUAUUACUUCUUUUAUCACCUUACUCUGUUUCAUCCCUAAAACAUGUCAUUGUGAGUGUGAUUCUUAUUUUUCCUCCUUUCUCAAUAACAGUAGUCUGAACAAUUUCCAUUUGUUUCUAUGCAAAUGAAAAGUAAGAAAGAGUACUUGUUUAAGUCUUUAAAUUAUGUGAUAUAUCUAAUAAUCGUGCCUGUCGUGAUCACUUGUCAAAAGAUAGUAGUAGUGUUCUUUGUUUGAUAUUGAAUAUGCGCUUUUAGAUGAAGAGAUGCCAUCAAUGUGAAUUUAUGUAGUGAAAAAGUCGUGUAUGCUUUCUUGACUUCUUUUAUUAUUUACUGGAAAUCCCUAGUUGCAAUGGCCAAGCAUGGCAAUGACUAGACUUUAUAAUAGUUUUUAUUCUUUGAAAUUAGAUAAGCUGAAUGAUGUGCAAGGAUAUAGGAUUUAUACUAUGUUAUUCAAAUAGAGAAUGAAUGAUCUGAAAUAACUUAGAAUCCGUAAGAAGCAUGGCUAUUUCAUAAUGAUGACUCCUAAUAUGACUUAGAUGGUAUACUUUGUUAUUUCAAGUUGACUUGACAACAGUGUCAUGUCGACUUGAUUAAUUUUGAAAGUCAACAUGUCUACAUAACGGCAUGACAACAUGUGACCAUUUAGAAGUGGACUUGAUGUACUUCAUGUCACUGUCUUUCAAGAUGAUAUGAUAAGAUGGAAUGCCAAAGAAAGAGAUUAGUGCUUUGAUUAGGGCAUUAUAAUUGGUUAGUCUCCUGUCCAGCGGUAAAUGGAAGCAGGUGUCUAGUGUCUUAAUGGUGUUAUCAGAACUUAAUACUCUGAAAAUGUGAUCACAGAUAUGAUUUGAUUUUGUCUAGUUAACUUCAUGCACCCAUAAAAAAGUAAUCCUUUGUAUAAAUCGUUAUUGUAACUCAAAGAUAUCAAACCUGAUAAUGAAAACGGGGCAUCCAAAGUAUUUUGAUAUGUUCAUCCAUUCCCAUUAUGCUUAUUUAAUAGAAUUAUUUACUCAUCCUGGCUGUUCACAAUGUAUGGUAUCAUUGUUAUGCAUCAACGUGCAUUAUAUUUUUCAUAUUAUGUUUAAACUAUUCCAUUGUAUACGGUGAGACCCAUCUUGAUCACAAUUCAUGACCCUUCUUUGGGAACAUGCAGAUUUUUUGUUAAAUAUAUUUAUAACAGAAUAUUUUGUGUAUAUUUUGAUGAUAAUUCAAUGGAUGAUGAUCUCUAUUGUAUAUGGAAGAAAUUCAUGAAAAGAAUCGAAUUCCCUGAAGAUCACAUGAAGUAAUUUUUAAUUGUUGCUUUAUAAUCAACAACUACUUAAUUUUAGAUUCCUUUGAAACAUUCUUCCUGGAAGAUGUAGAGCAAACGCCCAUUAUUAUUAUGAUUAUAUUUUACAUAUAUUGUUUGUUUUUCUGUAAAUAUUUCUACAAGUUUGUGCUACAGAUGGGGAUAAGCAAGAAGACGUACGCUGUAUAAGAAAUCAUCUUUAGAUCUGUGUAUUAGAUUUUGUUUUGAGCAAUGGAGGCAGAAUAUCAACUAUAAUACUUUUCUUUUUAUUUUAUUUUAUUUUUUUCACCAUUAUAUAGUUGUUAAGAAUUUCCAUGAAUUUAGCAAGUUUCGUUGUUGUUUUAACCUAUGGUAGUACUUAGGCUCGAAUUUACUAAAUUUUAACAAUGUUUGGAUAAAAAUUUGAUAAUAGAAUUUAUUUACCACAGCUUACUCGACAUGCUUCAGACUAUCAAUCUUGAAUAAUAUUUCACAUUUUAUUUGACCCAACGAAAGUAGAGGGCCUCUACGUUCAUUGAGCUGACCAUAGAUGAUAAGAAAUAAAAAUAUGGUCACAUCAAUGCCAAUGCUGCUGAGAUCUUGUGAAUGAUAACAAGAUCCUUGUCUAGAUUCUGUGUCGAUAUAGCCAAGUUCACACUUAGGCUUCAUCACUGUCACUGAAUCAUGCACAUGAGCCAUAAACAAAAUGUCAUUCCCUCAAUUCUAUUUUCAAAUACUUACUUCGCUUAUUUCAGUAAUAUAUUUAAUGUAAACGGAAACCAAAGGUUGAUUUUUAUUUAGAUUGAUUCCAUGUUUGAACUGGUUGGCAAGAUAUAUUUGAUGUGUGUUCUUCCAAAUUCCGAUCUUCUCUUUUAUGUUUAUUGCUCUUACCAAUUUCAUAUGUAACCCACCCCCAUGUUCUGAUUUAUAUUAUGUUUCCAUGUUUCAUUUUUUUUGUCAUGAAUAUGUAUGAUUUGUAAUCUAUUAAAGGCAUAUGAAGGACGAAGCCUCUUGUAAACAUCAAUUCACAUUUAUAUCCACCUUCAUUUUUACCAUCACAUUUUUACAUUGAACAGUCUUUAAAAUUGUUUCCCAAUCUGAUCAAAAUUAUAUGACUAUCUAAAAGAGCAUCAAACUUCUUGAAAACCAGGGAUAGUGACAAGUACUAUUUCAAUAAUAUUGUAUAAAUUUAAGAGCGCCAUCAUUUGAAAUAGAAUGGAUAGUAUCGAUUUAUUCAAAAUGAUAUGAUUGUCAGGAGAAGUAUAGUCGGAUGCAGAGUUGUAAGUUAAUUUUGACAAGUGUUGCUCGUAAUUGUACCCUUUUUACCUUAAUUAUAAUAGUCCAUAGAGAGCGGCCUUUUGUAUCAAAAACAUCUUUAUUACUUAUUAUUUCUUAUUAACACAAUGAAAACUGUAAGGGGUAGUGAUCGUAGAAUAUAAUAGUACUUAUACAUGACGGACUUUUCAUAUUCAAACGCUUUAUAAGCGACGUUGCCGUCCAUAUACAAGUUGAUUAUCUUGUAUGUAUUUUGUGACGUUUUUUUGUGGUGAACAAAAUCAAUCUUUUUUUUUUCUUUUUUUUUCCACCAGGUAAUAGACAUCCUCGAAAUACAUGUUUGGGAGUUUCUCUACCCAGUUGAGGCAAACGCAUUUUAUUUUCCAAGUGACAACUUAUACAUGUGCUUUAGGCACAUGUAUAGCUUUGAUAUUUUGAUGUUCUAUAAUAUUUUGUUGAUUUUUUUUUUAAAUUCUGAUUGUCUUUAAUAUUAUGAGCGUAGUAGUUAAGAAAGUCAAGCCACUUUGAACAAUAAAAAGUCCUUCAGACAAAAA